AUGAAGUUUGAAAGUCUCCUCGCUGCUGCGUCCGUUGGAAGGGGUUUUGCCCAGGCUUCUGCGACUUCAACAUGUGUUAAAGCGUGCGACACUGUUGCCAAGCUGUACCCUGAUCAGGUUAUUUCUUCGUCCUCGUCAGCUUUCAAAGACGCCCAGCUUGAAUAUUGGAAUGGUCCUCAAAGGAACACUGCACCGGCCUGUUUCUUUCAGCCAACCAGCGCAAACCAAGUUCAGGCCGCCAUAGAGGAAGUUACAAAAGUCCAAUGUCCUUUUUCCAUCAAAGGCAGCGGACACUCUUCCAACUUCGGUGGUUCGAGCAUCGAAGGCGGAUUCCAGUUUGAUCUUGUUAACAUUGCACAUCAUGACAUUGUGAGCGAUGGCAGAUCCGUGAAGAUCGGACCAGGUAAUCGAUGGGGACCCCUCUUCUCCUUUUUGGAAGAGCAUGGUUUGACAGUUGCUGGUGGGCGCGAUUCUGGUGUUGGCGUGUCUGGUUUCAUAUUCGGCGGCGGUAUAUCUUAUUUGGCGGCUCAGCGUGGAUGGGGGGUGGACCAAUUGAUAUCAACCGACCUAGUGCUGGCGAACGCUCUCCAAGGUGGUGGUGCUCAGAACUUUGGUAUAGUGACAAGCAUGACCUUGAACGCCUUCCAAUUUGGUGGCAUGUGGGGUGGGAUAAAGGUUACCACCGCAGACAACUUUGAACAUGUUUUCAACGCUUAUGACAGGUUUGCGAAAAAGGUACCAGAGGUCGAAAAGGCACACAUGUUCAUGGACUUUGCCAGGGUUAAUGGCACAUUGAUUGUCGCUCAGUACAUGUACUACGCUGAGCCUGUCAAAGACCCCGUGAUCUUUGAUGACUUUCGGCCUAUCCCGGCUGUAAUCGACACUUUACGGCUGGCGAACCACUCGGAGUUUGCUAAGGAGAUGGAGCAAAUUACCGACACCAGAGGGAAACGCAACCUGUACUGGACACGCACAUUCAGCUUCGACAUUCAGUUGCUCAAGUCUAUCUACGACCUCUGGGUCAAGACAAGCGAAUCUUAUGCAGAUCGACUAACGGCUGCCCUGGACGCGCAGCUCAUCUACCCCAAGAUGCGUAAAGGCUCAAGCGCUGGCAACCUUUUUGGACUGGACGACUCCGAUGACGUGCUACAAUUGAUUGUGCUUAGUAUCAUCUGGGAAGAUGAAGCUGACGAUGAGGAAGCCAUCAAGAUUGUUCGAGAGCUUGACGCGGAGAUCGACACACUCAUGAGGCUGCGUGGGAAGCACCGCGAGUUCAAGUAUAUGAACUACGGGCAUACUGAGCAAGAUAUCAUUGCAGGUUACGGUCAGAAAAGUAAAGCGUUCUUGAAAAGGGUUGCUUCGCAGUAUGAUCCAGAUGGUGUGUUUCAGAAACUCCGGCUGGGCGGAUUCAAGAUCGACAACAAUGCAGAUAAUACCCUAGGUCAUGGGAGUCACGAUGAAUUAUAG